GCGUGGGGGCAACAGGUUUCCGACGCGGCCAGCAGAUGGCAUGCUCGGCGACGACUGGCUUCAGUCGUCAAAAUAUUCUGAGGCCGGCACGCGGGCACAGUAUCACCUAUUUCGUAGAAUGGAAAGUAGUCCGGCGAGAACAGCUUUGAGUAUUGUUUCUGAAGCCAAUGAGAAAUUCUGCUUCGACCUGUACAAAGCUUUAUGCAAAACUACAGGCAGUUUCCUUUACUCGCCAUAUGGUCUGGAGGUUGCAUUAUCUCUUGUUUAUCUGGGAGCUAAGGAAAGAACUGCUAAGGAAGUUGCUGAUACUCUGCACCUACCACCAGACAAAAAAACAAUUUUGGAUGGUUUGAGUGAUCUCCUGCAUUCCAUCAAGUGCACCGAUGGAUUCAUGCUUCAUACUGCCAGCAAGAUGUAUAUCCAUAACAAGUUUCCCAUUAUGGAGAGUUUUUUAGCAGAUGCAGUGAGACUUUUAGCAGAAGCUGAAUUGGUAGACUUUGAAAAUGAACCAGAUAAAGCUAGAACAAUUGCUAAUGAAUGGGUGCAAAAGAAAACUGACAAUAAAAUCAAGAAUUUCAUUGCUGAUGGUGCUCUGGAUCCCAUGACACGUUUAGUCUUGAUAAAUGCUGUUUAUUUCAAAGGAAAAUGGGAACAUCCUUUUUCUAAGCAUAGCACUUUCCCUAUGCCAUUCUAUACGUCUUCAUCUCAAUCUAAGGAGGUGCCAAUGAUGCAACAAGAAAGAGAAUUUAUGUAUGCCAACUUGCCAGAACUAGAAGCACAAAUACUUGAACUUCCAUAUCAGGGUAAUCAAUUGAGUAUGUUGGUGAUUCUGCCUAAUCAAAUUGAUGGAAUUAAUGAGCUGGAAAAUAAAAUCAUGAAAGUCAAUCUUCAUCGAAUAUCAGACAAACUAAAUCCCAUGAAAGUAAAUGUUUUGUUGCCUAAAUUUAAUAUAGAAAAGGAAAUGCAUCUCGAUGAAAUACUGAAACAGCUGGGAAUGAAAGAGAUUUUUGAUGAGAAACUAGCAAAUUUAAGUGGAAUAAUAGGCAGUUCACUUUUAUGUGUCAGUCAGAUAUUCCAUAAGGCAUUUAUUGAAGUCAGUGAGGAAGGAACCGAGGCAGCAGCUGCAUCUGGUGGACGAAAUGCUGUUCAGGCAGAACGACUGUACAGAAGACGAUUCCCUGACAAGCCAUCGCCUUUGCGCCAGAUGUUUGGUCAUCUCACAUCUCGUCUAUGUGAAAUGGGAAGCUUAAAUCCAAGACCUCGACAUCGUCCUAGAACACGCACAGAUGAACGUGCUGAAGUUGCUGUGCUCGCUACCAUAGCUGUGAAUCCUUAAAUCAGCACAUAUCAAAUUGAACGUGAAGUUGGUGUGUCAAAAUCAAGUGCAUAGCGUAUUCUUAAACAUCAUAAAUUUCAUCCUUACCAUGUUCAUUUACACCAGGAUCUUCAUGGAAACAACUUCCGCAAUAGGGUAACAUUUUGUUGGUGGGCUCAGCAAAAACUUCUGACUAAUCCAAAUUUUUUUGCAAAUGUUCUCUUUACCGAUGAGGCAUCAUUCUCCAACAAAUGAAUUGUCAAUAUGAGGAAUAUGCAUUAUUGGUCCGCAGACAAUCCAAAAUGGCUCCGUCAGGUAGAGCAUCAACGUCUGUGGAAAGUUAAUGUUUGGUGUGGGAUUAUUGGAGAUACCAUUAUUGGACCUUUCUUUAUAAAUGGCAUCCAAAAUGGCAGACAAUACUCCAGAUUUAUAUGACACAAUCUUCCUGUUCUCUUAGACACCGUACCUCUGAACCGGAGAAUGGUCAUGUGGUAUCAGCAUGAUGGAUGCCCUGCACAUAACGCCUUACGAGCACGGCGACUUCUGAACCGUAAGUUCCCUGGUAGGUGGAUUGGAUGAGGUGGCCCAGUUAGAUGGCCUGCCCGAUCUCCAGACCUUACACCGCUGGAUUAUUUUCUUUGGGGAGCAGUGAAGGGUGCUGUUUACCAACAUGAACCAACAACAUCAGAGGACAUGAAGCAACGCAUUAUUGAUGCUUGUACAGCCAUCAAAGAGGAAACAGUAGCACGAAGUAGGGCAUCCUUCAUCCGCAGUAUGACCCUAUGUAUGCAAGCCAAUGGGCAUCACUUUGAGCAUGAGAUGUGAACGCUAUGUUUAGUAUGUAGUGCUGGUGUCACAGUGGAAGUUUCUACAAAGGGCCAUUUUACCCAGUGAUGUUAAGAAACAUUUGUU